AGUUCCGAUUUCCAUGAUACAAUCAAUGAUCCCAAAGUUGAAGAUUAUGAGACCAAACGGGACUCUGCAUUUGCCAAUAAUUACGGGAAUAUGCCACGCUAUGGCGACGUGCCAUUCUCACUGUUUUUUCCUUCACAAUAAAUAACAAACACUCUUUGGGCCUGAAAAACAGAAAACCCCCUUUUCCCUUCCUCUGCAGAAAACAAGGGUUUUCUUUUCACGCGCUGCGCUUAGGUUUCACUUUACCCAGCAACAAAAUUUUCCCGAGAAAAUCCCAAUUCUCUCGGAAAAUCGAAAAUCAAUGGGAAAAAAAUCAACGGCGGCGAAGGAGGGGGAGGAGGAGCCUCUGCCAGACCAUCUCCGGUGUGGUCGCACCGACGGUCGGCAAUGGCGGUGCCGGCGGCGAGUGAUGGACAAUCUGAAGCUGUGCGAGAUUCACUACCUUCAAGGGCGCCAUCGCCAGUUCAAGGAGAAGGUCCCUGAGUCUUUGAAGCUUCAGAGGAAGCGGAAGAAGGAGGAACCUUCGGUUCUCGACAAUGUCGAAUCUAGGGCACCAAGAGCGUCCAAAAUGGUGAAGAAGAAACGCAAGCUUUCGGAGGGUUCAGAGUCAUUGGUCGUUGCAACUUCUUCCGCUAGGAAGAAAGCGUUGAAGCAAGGUGAUAUGCAGUUGGAGCUUAUAAGGAUGGUUCUCAAGAGAGAAGCUGAGAAGAAGAAGAAUAACAGCAACAACAAGAGUAAGAAGAAGAAGAAAAAGAAAAAGAAGAAAAAGGAAGAAGAGGAAUUGCGUUACGGUGAAGGAGAGUUGAGGAGGGAAUUGCCGAAUGGUGUGAUGGAAAUCGCGCCAGCUUCAACGACUCAUGAUUACAACAAUGUGGGUUCACAUUGUGAUGUGAAAGUGGGGGUUGAUUGUAAAACAGUUACACCGCGUUACUUUAGGUCUAAGAAUGUUGAUAGAAUCCCUGUUGGAAAGUUGCAGAUUGUGCCGUAUGGAUCAAACUUGAAGAAGGGUAAGGCUAAGAGGAAGAAGUGUCAUUGGUGCCAGAGAAGCGAUUCUUGGAAUCUCAUCAGGUGUUCGAGCUGUCAGAGAGAGUUUUUCUGCAUGGAUUGCAUUAAAGAGCGAUAUUUUGACACUCAAAACGAAGUUAAGAAGGCAUGUCCAGUUUGUCGUGGAACUUGCACAUGUAAGGACUGCAUGGCAAACCAAUGUAAAGACGGGGCAAGUAAGGAAUAUUUGACUGGUAAAAGCAGAGUUGAUAGAAUAUUGCAUUUUCAUUAUUUGAUCUGCAUGCUCCUUCCAGUAAUAAAGCAAAUAAGUGAAGAUCAGGCUACUGAACUAGAAAUAGAAGCAAAAAUUAAAGGGAAAAAUAUUUCUGAUAUUCAAAUCAAGCAGGUUGAAUUUGGCUGCAAUGAGAAAAAUUACUGUGAUCACUGCAAAACGCCCAUUUUGGAUCUCCAUAGAAGCUGUCCUAGCUGUUCAUAUAACCUAUGCUUAAGUUGCUGUCAUGAAUUAAGUCAUGGAAAAAUGUCUGGUGAAAUUGACUCAUCUAUGUUCAAGCAACCUGAUAAAUUGAAAGCUUGUGUUGCCGGUGAAAGCCAUACUUUGGAUGAGAAGGCGAAAUUUGGUGGCAAUUUUACUGCUUCUUCAAUAUUGCCUGAGAGGAUAAAUUGUAAUGGCAUUGAUAGUGUAUCAUGCCCUCCUACAGAGGUUGGUGGUUGUGGUAAUAGCCACCUCGAUUUGAGAUCUGUUUUCCUCUCUAGUUGGAUCAAAGAGAUGGAAGUAAAGGCAGAAGAAAUUGUUUGCAGCUAUGACUUUCCUGAAACUUCAGAUAAAAGUUCGAGCUGCUCGUUGUGUUUUGACACCGAUCACAAUACUAACAGAUACAAGCAGUUGCAAGACGCAGCUCGAAGAGAAGACUCCAAUGACAAUUACUUGUUUUGUCCCACAGUUUUGGACAUCAGUGGUGAUAACUUUGAGCACUUUCAGAAACACUGGGGCAAAGGUCAUCCAAUAGUAGUCCAAGAUGCGCUCCAAAAUACAUCAAACCUCAGUUGGGAUCCACUAAUCAUGUUCUGUACUUAUCUGGAGCAGAGCAUUACUAGAUAUGAGAAUAAUAAAGACUUACUUGAGUCUUGUUUGGAUUGGUGUGAGGUGGAAAUUAACAUUAGGCAGUAUUUUACUGGAUCUGUUAAACGUCGUCCUCAGAGAAACACUUGGCAUGAGAUGCUUAAACUAAAGGGGUGGCUGUCUUCCCAAAUAUUUAAAGAGCAGUUUCCAGCUCAUUUUGCUGAGGUAAUUGAUGCUCUACCAGUUCAAGAAUACAUGAAUCCCUUGUCUGGUCUUCUGAAUUUGGCUGCAAAUUUGCCACAUGGGAGUGCAAAACAUGAAAUCGGGCCGUAUGUCUAUAUUUCUUAUGGCUCUGCUGACAAAGAAGCUGAUUCUGUGACAAAACUCUGCUAUGACUCAUAUGAUGUGGUUAAUAUUAUGACACAUACAACGGAUGUCCCACUCUCUACAGAACAGCUUACGAAAAUAAGAAAAUUGCUGAAAAAACACAGAACUCUAUGUCAAAUGGAGACUAUUGCUACUGAGGAGCUACAGGAACAGAAAUUGAAUGGAAUGGCAUUAUUGCAUGCUGAAGAAAUGGAGCAAAAAGGCCUACAGAGCAUGGUUAAAGAAGGAAUGGACUUUUUCAGGAGAGUCAAUCGAACAUCUUCCUUUUCAACUGAAGCUAAAAAAGUUGCUGGUCAGAGUAUAGACAGCAAAAUUUCCCAGGAUGAAGAAUGUGAUUACUAUUCUGAUUCCGAUUCCAAUCCCUCUUUACUUCUCCCUGGGACUGUUCUAACUACUGAACUGUCUAAGAACAAUAAUCCUAGAAAUCCCUUUGAAAGCUCACAGAGAGAUAAAAAAAAGUUUACUGAGAAUUCAGGUGCACAGUGGGAUGUCUUUCGCAGACAAGAUGUGCCUAAGCUCAUAGAAUACCUUAAAAGACACUCUGAUGAAUUCUCUUAUACCCAUGACUAUAACAAGAAGAUGGUUCAUCCUAUUCUGGAUCAGAAUGUUUUUCUUGACAGUACUCACAAAAUGAGACUGAAGGAGGAAUUUAAGAUUGAACCAUGGACUUUUCGGCAACAUGUUGGACAAGCUGUCAUCAUUCCUGCUGGAUGUCCGUACCAGAUCAGGAAUCCUAAGUGUUGUGUUCAUGCGGUAUUGGAAUUUGUGUCCCCUGAAAACGUUACCGAGUCUAUCCAGUUGAUUGAUGAGGUCCGACUAUUGCCUGAAGACCAUAAAGCAAAAGUAAACAUGCUAGAGGUGAAGAAAAUGGCGCUUAAUAGCAUGAAUGCAGCAAUUAAAGAAAUACGUCAGCUUAUGAGCAAAACAUGAUUGCACCAGUUAAAAUAUACACAUGCUUCUGAGGCUCUCACGUCCAUAUCUUCAUAAUUGUAUAGAUUAAUGCUCGAAUACAUUAAUAUCUAGCAAGGUACUUAUUAAAUUGAUUAAUUUCCAUCUCUAUCCAUUUUUUCUGAUGUGACAUUUUAUGCCUUACCUGAAUUUGAAAUAAAAUUUUAUGGUCUGUAU